GAGCCCAGAAUGGGGCAGCAGGCACUGCUUUGAGGACAGGUGGUCCUGGCUAGGUUAACACAAAAGUGAGUCUACACCUGCUGGGGCAUGAGGUGAGCCACUACUGUUACUGCUAUUCCAUGGUCUGAAGUUCACAGGAACGUUUUCCAGAUACCAGGCCACUUCUUAAGGUUCUGACACUUAUAAAAGACCACGCUUGUGCCGUCUCAAACUCCUGCAUCUGGCUGUUGCAGUGCUCCCUACAGAACAGAACCCGAAGCUGGGGGAAUGGUAUGGGGCACCCCAAAGGACCCUGGUAAGUGACAGCCAUCCCCCAUGUGAAUGAGGAGGGGUGGGGAACAAGGACACCUUGCUCCUGCUCAUUGACCUGUGCAACCUCUGUGGCAAAAGGGGGAAUUUUUUCUGAGAUCAACAAGGUGAUGUCAUCUUAGGGAAAGUGUUUCCCAGGUGUCUGGCUAGAGGCCUGUGUCUGUGGCCCCAUCUGCCCCACCCCCUGUACACACCUCUGCUGGCUGAGGUUGACACAACCCUGUUCCCUGUCACUCUGUUCCCGCUUAUCUCCCGCCUUUUCGGCGCCACUACCUUCUUGGAAAUGAGUUAGGACAAAGGGGAGGGGGCUUAGCACCUCCGCCUCUCCUAGCAGGCCCCAUAAAAGCGGCUGUAACGGCCCAGACACCAGAGCGGUCCUAGACUUCACAGCAGAACAGCUAGCCAGACGGCACGAUGGCACUGAACGUGCGGAUCCAGGCUGCCUGUCUGCUGCUCCUCCUCCUGGCCAGCCUGACCAGUGCCUCAGCUCUGCACCAGACAACACAGCUUGCAGACCUCCAGACCCAGGAUACAGCUGGAGCCACAGCUGGCUUGAUGCCUGGGCUGCAGAGACGGAGGCGGCGAGACACUCACUUCCCCAUCUGCAUCUUCUGUUGUGGCUGCUGUUACCCAUCCAAGUGUGGGAUCUGCUGCAAGACAUAGUCUCCCUGCCCUCACGCCCUCCCUUAUUUAUUCCUGCCGCCCUCGAACACUCGGUAAAUGGUCUCAGAAUAAAAUGACUGUUCCAGCUUUUAUUUUCCAAA